AUGUCUGUUUACAUUGUUGCUGCUGCCAGAACCCCGAUCGGCUCGUUCCAGGGCUCCUUGAGCUCGCUCACGUACCCUGAGUUGGGUGCUCACGCCGUCAAAGCCGCUUUGGAGAAAGUUCCUCAAAUCAAGCCAGACCAGGUGGAAGAAAUCAUCUUUGGUGGUGUUUUACAGGCCAACGUCGGCCAGGCGCCCGCUAGACAAGUGGCGUUGAAAGCUGGUCUUUCGGAGGCCGUGGUGGCGUCGACAAUCAACAAGGUGUGUGCCUCAGGAAUGAAGGCCGUCAUCUUGGGCGCCCAGACGAUUUUGACUGGUACUGCCGACAUCGUUGUUGCUGGAGGCGCCGAGUCCAUGUCCAACACCCCUUACUACCUUCCACUGGCCCGUGGCGGUGCCAGAUACGGCGAUGCCACCUUGGUAGACGGUGUGCAGAAGGACGGCUUGUUGGAUGUCUACGACCAGAAGUUGAUGGGUGUGGCUGCUGAAAAAUGCGCCAAGGACUACGGCAUCACCAGAGAGGACCAGGACAACUUCGCCUUGAAUUCGUACAAGAGAGCCCAGGCGGCCGUGGAGAAGGGCAAGUUCAAGAACGAGGUCGCCCCUGUCACCAUCAAGGGCACCAGAGGUAAGCCUGACAGAGUGGUUGCCAACGACGAAGAGCCUGCCAACUUGAACGAGGACCGUUUGAAGAGCGCAAGAACCGUGUUCCAGAAAGAGAACGGUACUGUCACCGCUCCUAACGCCUCCAAGUUGAACGAUGGUGGUGCCGCUUUGGUGUUGGUUUCCGAGGCCAAGUUGAAGGAGUUGGGCUUGACCCCCUUGGCCAAGAUCCGUGGCUGGGGUGAGGCUGCCAGAACCCCAAUCGACUUCACCGUGGCUCCAUCCUUGGCUGUUCCAAAGGCUUUGAAACACGCGUCUGUGUCCCAGGACGAGGUAGACUUCUUCGAGGUCAACGAGGCCUUCUCUGUGGUUGGUUUGGCCAACGCCAAGCUCUGCAACCUUCCUCUCAGCAAGGUGAAUGUGUACGGUGGUGCUGUCGCGUUGGGCCACCCAUUGGGCUGCUCUGGUGCCAGAAUCAUUGUCACUUUGCUCUCUGUCUUGUCUCAGGAAGGCGGUAAGAUCGGCGUUGCUGGUGUGUGCAACGGUGGCGGUGGUGCUUCUGCCAUUGUCAUUGAGCGUGUUGACCACACAUCUAAGUUGUAG